UCAGACAAUCGAGAAUGUAAACAAAAGGAACAUAGUCUAACCACGGAUUUCCUGAUCGAAAAGCAAAGACUGACUGACCUCUCAUUGUGUUAUCAAAUUAAUUUUCAUACAUCCUAUUUACUUUGUAUUACCAAAACGGCCUUCCAACAAGUUAAGAAAGUAAUCAUCAAUCCGGCAUAUGGCAGAGGAAUAAGACAUCGCCAUUAGUUUCCCUCGUACGGUCGUCCGUGGUAGCAGUAGGUGUUUGGUGUUUGAUUAUAGCGAAUGUUUCGUUGGACUGUCUAUCGAUCGGUUUUAAAUACGAUUUGCUAGAAAACAGCAUGAAGCUAAUUCCCGUGUUUGUGUUACUGAUAGUAAUUUCUACUGUUCAUGGAACUGUUUUUGGCGAUGGUGUCAAGUUUAUCAAAAAUCUCAAAAGCAAGCUUCGCCGAAGGAAUGAAUUUCAGUAUGAAAGGAAACUUUCUCCGGUAAUUUUUGUUCCGGGAGAUGGCGGUAGCCAGAUGGAUGCCAUCAUAAACAAACCGGACACUGUACAUUUCUACUGCCAGAAAACCAGCAGCACGUAUUUCAAUCUUUGGCUAAACAAGGAACUUCUGUUACCGCUAAUCAUCGACUGUUGGAUUGACAAUAUGCGACUGGUCUACAAUAGCACUACGAGGAAAACCCAAAACUCCCCGGGAGUAGAAACACGCAUACCCGGCUUUGGUUCAUCGGAAACUGUUGAGUGGAUCGAUCCAUCCCAUGCUACGGUUGGAGCAUAUUUCGUUAAUAUUGGCAAUGCUCUGGUCCAGAAUGGAUAUAAGCGAGAUGUCUCCAUACGAGGAGCCCCGUACGACUUUCGAAAAGGACCGAACGAAAACCAAGAUUGGUUUGUCAAGCUGAAACAUCUGGUUGAAGAGACUUACACUCUGAACAAGGACACACCGAUCACAUUCAUUGUGCAUAGCAUGGGUGCACCUAUGACGCUUCUGUUUUUGCAAAUGCAAACUCAGAAAUGGAAAGAUCAAUAUAUACGCAGGGUUAUUUCUCUUGCCGGAGCUUGGGGAGGCAGUGUCAAAGCUAUUAAAUGUUUCGCUGUUGGUGAUGAUCUCGGUGCAUUCGCACUGAGCGGUAAAGUAUUGCGAGCAGAACAAAUUACCAAUCCGUCAUUGGCAUGGAUGUUGCCAAAUCCAAUCCUCUGGAAGCCCAAUUAUGUGAUAGCGCGAUCGAUGUCGAGAAAUUACACCAUGGAACAAAUGGAAGAAUUCUUCAAGGACAUUGACUACUCAGACGGUUGGGAAAUGCGAAAAGACACUGUGUCUUACUCGAUGAACUUCACAGCUCCCGGAGUUGAAAUACAUUGUCUGUAUGGAACAGGCCUCAACACCGUUGAAAGUCUCAACUAUGAAAAGUCGUACGACUUAAGUGGAAAACCCACAUUGAUGUACGGUGACGGUGACGGAACAGUCAACCGACUUUCACUGGAGGCUUCAACUGCAUCCAAUGUACAACAAGGCGCAUCUACAGAAACUCUCAACGAGCCCAAGACUACGAUCAACAAGGAAAACGAAAAGAAAACGGAAAUCAUACAUAACACCGACGAUGAAGCAAUGGAUGAUGAGAUAAGCCGCGGACAAAGUGACCCCCGAUCCUCGUUGUAUGGAAAUGGAAACUCAUCUCCCCCUAGAAAAAGGGUGACAACGAGAUCCAAAAGCAAAACAAAAAUUGUUUAACAAAAAUGUAAGCCAAUCGACCACGUAAAGCUUUUACGCAAAAAGGCCAGAAUAAAAAAUUUAUUAUAAAACAAAACAAUUGGUAGUCGGCAUGUGCCAUGACUGAACAACAACACGAGUGAGGCGGAAUUUAACAUUUAUUGUAUUUAACAUCUUAAAACACAAUUAACUGCGUGUACCACUCACGAUACGUUGAUUCACCGAUGCAUUCCGACCAUAAUUAGGCAACAAACGAUAGGCCUCAGCACUUCCUGAAAUAUGUCGCAUUGUUUGACUUUGUGCACUUCCUGGGACAUAACGCAUAUUGUUUAAAACAUGCCUUUGCUUUCCCGAGAGGUCAACACUAAAGUCUAUAUGUUUGAAACAAAAUA